CAGCGCGCACUGAGCUAAUCAUUCAUUUCUCAUUAUCGUGACCUCUGGUGUCUGCAAAGUUGGCGGUCCCAUCAGCUGCAAGCAUGGAACAUUUCUCUGGUGGUGUAUACUUCAGUAUUACAGAUGACAACAACACAGAUCUCAAUGAAACAGAUGAUUUCAUGUACAUGCCAGAGCCUUGCUUCAGAGAUGAGGAUUUCAACCGUAUCUUCCUGCCAAUUAUCUACUCCUUCAUCUUUCUGCUGGGCAUAAUCGGGAAUGGAUUGGUGGUAAUAGUCAUGGGAUAUCAAAAAAAGUCCAGAACUAUGACUGACAAAUAUAGACUGCACCUUUCAGUUGCUGACCUUCUCUUUGUGUUCACGCUUCCUUUCUGGUCAGUGGAUGCAGUCCAAGGAUGGUACGUUGGUGUGUUUCUGUGCAAGACUGUUCAUGUAAUCUAUACUGUCAACCUCUACAGCAGUGUCCUAAUCUUGGCAUUCAUCAGCUUAGAUCGAUACUUGGCAAUUGUCCAUGCCACCAACAGCCAAGGUUCAAGAAAAGUCUUAGCUGAAAAAGUGGUGUAUGCUGGGGUGUGGCUUCCAGCUGUGCUGUUGACAGUGCCUGACUUGGUCUUUGCCACUGCUACUGUGAGUGAAGAAAGUGGACUGGCAAUGUGUGAUCGCAUCUACCCAUAUGAGAACCAAGAAUAUUGGACUAUUGGGUUUAGGUUCCUACACAUCACAGUUGGACUGGUUUUGCCUGGACUUAUAAUUUUAACAUGCUACUGUGUAAUCAUUUCAAAACUCUCUCAUUCCAAAGGUCACCAAAAACGUAAAGCUUUGAAGACCACAGUAAUUCUCAUCCUGGCUUUUUUUGCAUGUUGGCUCCCAUAUUACGUAUGUCUUACAAUGGACACAUUUAUGUUACUUCAGAUACUGAAAUAUGACUGCAAUUUGGAGAAAACCUUGCACAAGUGGAUUUCUAUUACAGAAGCCUUGGCCUUUUUUCACUGCUGCCUCAACCCAAUUUUAUACGCUUUUCUUGGCGCUAAAUUUAAAACCUCUGCACAAAAUGCAUUCAGCUCUGUAAGCAGAGGAUCCAGCUUAAAAAUAUUAUCCAAAAAGCGUGCUGGGCUCUCAUCAGUAUCGACUGAAUCUGAAUCUUCUAGUUUUCAGUCUAGUUAACAGUAUAUCAUACACAUGGACUGCUUCUUCCAUUUGAAGCUACAGACUUUUCUCUUUGUACAUAUUGUAUUUUAUUUGCUAUAUGGAUUUUUAUUGUCUUUUUAUGAUUAUGAACUUUCAUUGCCUUAUUUAUAAGAAUGUUUUUCAUGUUUUGUAUAUCUUUGUAGGCAGGCCCUGUGGACUAUUGAUUGGUUCUUAAUAAAUUUGUAUAUUCAUUUCAGUGCCAAUUUCUGUCUUUAAAACUGACUUGUGCCACACAUGAAGUUUUCUUUUUUUUUUUUAGUAAAACACAUGACCUGUAUUUCCAGUAUUAGUCCUAGAACAUUUUUUAACAUUCCAUUUGGUGGAAGGUAUGUGACAUCAAUUAGCUUAGUACCAAAUAAUAUACAUCAACCCAUUUGGUGGGAGCUGUGUGAUAUUACAUAGUAUAGCACCAAGUUUUUAUGGAACAAGACAUUUGGUGUGAGGUAUGUGAUAUCAAAGAACAUUGUACUAGGUGGUAUGCAGAAACCAAUUUGGUAGGAGGCCACCCCAAUACAGACUGUCAGUAUAUGCAUAUGGCAUCAAUGUUUUGUUUUCUUUUUGUUUCUAAGUAUCCUGCUAUUUUUAUAAAACAUUGUUAUUAGCUGCUUAGAAGUAGAAUACAAGGGACAUAUGAGCAAAGAUAAUUGUCUAGGAAACUAGUGACUAGAAAUGCUAAUCAGUAAAUCAGUUAGGUUCAUUUGAUUAAAAGAGUGGCCUAUAAAAUGUAGCAAGAUAUUUUAUUGUAAAAUAAAAAUGAUCAGCUUGCCUUUAAGACAAAUACUUCUGGGAGUUCUGAAAUUCUGAAGCCAAUGGAUUUAUCUUACAAAUAAAACUGGCACUGAAAUUUCAACUCCAUUUUGGAUGGGUUGUUGUUUAUGAUCUAUAGUACCUUUCAAAACAAGUUCUCCAAAUUAAUCAGUUUAGUCCAAUUGGAAAUUAUUUAUAUAAGCAGAAAAACAUGAGUAGGUUUUCACUUAUGUUGCAAAUGAUGGCACUUAAAACAAAAAAACCUUCAUAACAAUUUUCAAACAGUAUUCAAACUACACCAGUUUCUAAAGCAAUUCAAAAGGGUGAACACUUUAAUAAAAAUGUGUAUGUUUUGUUUGUUAAUAAAACAUUAUGAAUUGAAA